AUGACGUCAAUCGCUCGCCAAAUGCGCCCGCGGGUGCUGAUCCGCGCCUCGUUCACGGCUCUGCCCAGAGUCUGCGCGCAACCGCAACGGUUCCCCCACGUAAAGGUCCUCGGCGUCGCAAGCUGCCGCGGUAUCACGACCACACCGAUCCGCCGGUCUCAAAAGGCGCCGGCUGUGAAGAGGGGAGGCUCGAAGCUGUACGCAUCCGCGGACGAGGCCGUGGCAGACAUCAAGAGCGGUUCCACCAUCUUGAGUUCAGGAUUCGGACUCUGUGGUGUUGCAGACACGAUCAUCGGCGCGCUUAACCGCAGAGGCCCUGAAAACCUGCACUCGCUGACCGCGGUGUCGAACAAUGCCGGCCAGGAGGGUAAGGGUGGCUUGGCCAUCCUCACCAAGGCCGGCCAAGUCAACCGCCUGAUCCUCUCAUACCUCGGAAACAACAAGGCCCUGGAGAAGAAGUACCUGACGGGAGAGAUCGGCAUCGAGCUGUGUCCGCAGGGAACACUCGCCGAGAGGAUCCGUGCCGGCGGUGCUGGAAUCCCAGCCUUCUUCACCCCUACUGGAGCUCACUCGUUGGUCCAGACCGGUGACAUUCCCGUACGGCUCGACGCUUCCGGUGCCGUCAAGGAGCGCGGCCGCACAAGAGAGACGAGGGAGUUCAACGGCAAGACAUAUCUCAUGGAGACCGCGUUGACCGGAGACGUUGCCAUUCUGAGAGCAUGGAAGGCCGACACGGCCGGCAACUGUGUCUUCAGAUACACCACCAAGGCGUUUGGCCCCAUCAUGGCCAAGGCCGCGACCGUCACCAUCGUUGAGGCCGAGAACAUCGUCGAGGCCGGCGCCAUCGACCCCAACGACGUCGACCUGCCCGGCAUCUUCGUCGACCGCAUCGUGCCCGCGACCGCCGAGAAGAACAUUGAGAUCCUCAAGACGAGGUCGGACGACGGCGCCGACGGCGCGGGGGCGUCCAAGCCCAAGAACGAGGCGCAGGAACGCCGCGACCGCAUCGCGAGACGUGCGGCGAAGGAGCUGCACGAGGGUUUCUACGUGAACCUCGGUGUUGGAAUCCCGACCCUCGCUCCCUCGUUUCUGCCCGCCGAGCGUAACGUCUGGAUCCAGUCCGAGAACGGAAUCCUGGGCAUGGGACCCUACCCGACAAAGGACGAAGUCGACGCCGACAUCGUCAACGCCGGCAAGGAGACCGUGACCCUCGUGCCCGGCGCCUCGACGUUCGACAGCACCGAGUCCUUCGGCAUGAUCCGCGGCGGCCACGUCGACGUCUCGAUCCUCGGCGCGCUGCAGGUCAGCUCGACGGGCGACCUGGCCAACUACAUGAUCCCCGGCAAGGUGUUCAAGGGCAUGGGCGGCGCCAUGGACCUCGUCUCGAACCCGGACAACACAAAGAUCGUCGUCGCGACGGAGCACGUCGCCAAGGACGGCUCGUCCAAGGUCGUGCAGGACUGCAGCCUGCCCCUGACCGGUGCCCGCGUCGUCAGCACCAUCAUCACCGAUCUGUGCGUCUUUCAAGUCGAUCGCAAGAGCGGCGGCUUGACGUUGACCGAGAUCGCUCCCGGAGUCGACGUCGAGGAAGUGCGCGCAAAGACAGACGCACGGUUCGAAGUCGCCAGAGACCUGAAGCAGAUGGAGUAA